AUAGUGUAGUAACAAUAGUUCUUUUUUUAUUUCAUACGCUUAUAAAAUCGUUACAUUAAAAUCUAAUCGACAUAACCUUUAAAAAACGAUAUUAUUUAUUACCUGAUUUGAAGUCUAUAUAAGAAAGAUUUGUAAACAUUGCUAGCUGUCAAUACAUUAUUAUAUUUUUUAUUUUAAUAUCACUGUUGGAGAUAAAUCACAAACUGUUACAUUAUAUUUAGAAACGAUCGAGUAAUCCUCCAAAAAUGUUAAUUUUAUAAAAAUCGUUACAAAGUUAAAAACAACAGUAAAUAUACUAAAAUUAAAAUGGGUGAAUUAACUUGGAACGAGAAGUAUAAUCUCAUAACAAGAAAUCUAGGAGAAUGGCUUGGUGAUGAAAAAUUAAAAAGUAUUUUGAAAGAACGAGAUCUUAAGAUAUAUUGGGGUACUGCUACUACCGGCAAACCCCAUAUCGGAUACUUUACACCAAUGUUAAAGAUAGCUGAUUUUUUAAAUGCUGGAGCUGAAGUUACUAUUUUAUUCGCUGACUUACAUGCUUACUUAGAUAAUAUGAAAGCACCUUGGGAACUUUUAGAAUUAAGAACAUCAUAUUAUGAAGUUAUUAUUAAAGCUAUGCUUAAAUCUAUUGGCGUGCCUUUGGACAAACUUAAAUUUGUUAAAGGAACGGAUUAUCAAUUAUCCAAGGAAUAUACUUUGGAUAUGUAUCGAUUAAGUUCUAUUGUAACCGAACAUGAUGCUAAAAAGGCAGGUGCAGAAGUUGUCAAACAAAUUGCAAAUCCAUUACUUUCUGGUUUGCUAUAUCCAGGAUUGCAAGCACUGGAUGAAGAGUAUCUUCAUAUCGAUGCUCAAUUUGGUGGAAUAGAUCAAAGAAAGAUUUUUACCUUUUCUGAAAAAUAUUUACCAAUGCUUGGAUAUGAUAAACGUAUCCAUUUAAUGAAUCCUAUGAUACCUGGACUGGCUGGUGCUAAAAUGUCAUCUUCUGAAGAAGACUCAAAAAUUGAUCUUCUUGAUGGAGCUUCAACAGUUAAAAAGAAGUUGAAAAAAGCAUUCUGCGAACCUGGUAAUAUCAAUGAUAAUGGAAUACUUACUUUUUCUAAACAUGUGAUAUUUAGUUUAUUAAAAAAAGGAGAAUCUUAUAAUGUACCGAGAAGCAAAGAUUUUGGUGGAGAUAUAUCUUUCUCUACAUACGAGGAAUUAGAAGCUGCAUUUGCAAAGGAAGAAAUACAUCCUGGUGAUCUUAAAAAUGCUGCUGAAAUAUAUAUAAAUAGGCUUUUAGAUCCAAUUAGAAAAGAAUUUGAUACAUGUCCUAAAUUAAAAUCUCUUGUCAGUAAAGCAUACCCACCGCAGAAGCAAAAGGUGGUAGAUGAAAUAGUACCAUCGAGAUUGGAUAUUAAAGUUGGAAAGAUCGUUGAUGUGAAAAAACAUCCUGAUGCCGAUUCAUUAUACGUGGAAAAAAUAGAUUUAGGUGAAAAUAAUGGUCCUAGAACUAUUGUCAGCGGUCUUGUAAAUUUUGUUCCUAUAGAGGAAAUGCAAGAUAGAAUGGUACUUGUACUUGCAAAUCUUAAAGCGGCUAAUCUCAGGGGUAUACAAUCACAUGGAAUGGUUCUUUGCGCAUCUGUAGAUGAGCCAACAAGGCAAGUUGAACCUUUGAGACCACCGGAAAAUAGUAAUCCUGGUGAUAGAGUUUUCGUAGAGGGUUAUGAAAGUGGAACACCGGAUGACGUUUUAAAUCCAAAGAAAAAAGUUUGGGAAAAGUUGCAGGCUGAUCUUAUUGUAAAUGGAGAUGGAGAAGCAUCAUGGAAUGGAAAUGUGUUGGUUACGUCGAAUGGUGGAAAAAUAAUUGCAGACUCUCUCAGGAACGUACCAAUUAAGUAAUGUAUUGUACAAUUAUUCCUCUUAUGUGCAUUUGAUUGUUGACUUGAAAUUGAAUUAUGACAUCCAUUGAACUGCCUAUUUUUAAUGACUUUAUUAAACA